AUGCCUUUUGACCUAACUAAUGCCCCAGCUGUAUUUAUGGAUUUGAUAAAUCGGGUAUUUCACGAAUUCUUGGAUAAAUUUGUAGUGGUGUUCAUUGAUGACAUAUUAAUCUACUCCAAAAACAAAGUUGAAGAUGAAAAGCAUCUGAGACAGGUAUUUGGGACACUCAAGGAUAAGAAGUUAUUUGCUAAAUUGAAUAAGUGCAAAGCUAAUGUCUUAGCUGAUGCACUUAUCAGGAAGUCAUUGGGACCAGCAGUUGCAACUCUUACCACUCAACACCACUUAUUAAUGGACUUAGAAAGAGUUGUUAUUGAGGUUGUUACUAGUGACCAGCAAGCAUUGGUAGCUAGUUUGAUGGUUCAACCAACUUUGAUAGACAGAAUUAAACAUGCUCAGAAAGAAGAUUCAGGGUUAGUGAGAUUGGUGGUAGAAGUAAAAGAAGGGAAUAAAUCCGAGUUCAGCAUUUCUGAAGAUGGAACUUUAAGGUUCGGAAGUAGAUUGUGUGUGCCAGACGAUGAAGAAAUAAAAAGAAUCAUCCUCAAAGAAGCGCAGUGGUCUCUUUACAUAGUUCACCCAGGUGAGAGUGGAACAUCAGAGACCAGCAAGAUUAUUGCAACCACUCAAAUUCCAGGAUGGAAGUGGGAGCAUAUUUUUAUGGAUUUUGUUACAAGCCUACCAUGGACACUGACUGGGUAA